AUGAGUGAAUGCUAAUUUAAGGAGGGUCAAUUUAAUUUGUACACUUAAAAUCGGCUUUAAUAUGAAAGCAAAUUGAUGGCGGUUUUUGAAUAAUUGAAAGAGAAUGCAGGAGAGUUCGAACAUCCCCAUGAAUUUGUGAUCCAAUAUUUAAGAUAAUUUAAAUUCUAAGCUGAAUACAAGGAUCAGUCUUUAAAAUCUGUAAACAUCAAUCAAUUAUUCCCUAAUCGGCUUUGGGAAUUUGAUUUGACAGGUAAAGGUAUUAAUUAAGGUAGAAAAAUUUAUUAACAGUAUCAGAACUUACCUCUGCACUCCAUUAUUGCUAGUCAUGUCUUCCUUAUUAUAAGGAAGAUUUAAUGAAGAAAAUAAGGAAUAUACAAAGAUAUUACAUUUAAAUUGCGGUAGCUUGAAAUUGCCUUUUUAAUAUGCUUUUGUUGCAAGCUUACUUCCGUUGGAAUCUCUAUAAAUAAUUGUCUUAAUUUUGCCAUAAAAGCAUUACAUCACCAAUUCAUCAGGGGAGUUAGAAUAGAUUAAGUUUAUUCAUAAAAUGCGUUUUAUUGAUGCAAUCUAUGAAUAUAAUGGAAAUAGUGAGCACAUAAUAAAGCAAUCCUAGACUAUAUUAGACGAAUACCUUCAUCAAUAAUUGAAAUAAAAUGACAUCUUAUCAAAUAUUAAAUUGAUCAAAGAAAAACAAAAGUAAUGCCAAUUUUCAACUAAAGUAAAAAUAGGAAUCAAAACAAGAAAUAAAAAUCUACUCAUCUAACCUCGAUCAUUUGAAACUGUAAAAUUGGAUAGUCAACUGUAUAUAUUUGAUGACCAAACAAACAACUGGAUUACUAAGAAAUUAUAUGAGUCAAUUCAGAAAAAGAUUCUGAAAAUUAAUGCUUAAACUGCCAAUUAUUAUAUGAUAAAGGAAUAUAUUUGUCUACCUUCAGCUUAAUAGAUCAGUAAACUAAUAUCAAAAUUACCAAAAUUCAAAAAUAAGAUAACCGAAUAAUAACUAUAGGCAAUUGUGUGGAAAGGCAUUACAUUUAUUUUGGGAAGAAGUGGAACUGGUAAAACAACUUGUGCUUUAUUUAAAGUAUUUAUACUAGACGCAUUGUUUAAUUUAAGAUAACAAUUAAAAACAUAAAAUGCACAAGUUUACUCUUAAAUCAAAUAAGAAACUCAAAAUUAAUUAAUACAGAAAGAUAAACUUACCUUAAAAACACUUUUUGUAACAGCUAGUCCUUUGUUGGCAUGGUAAAUUAAAUAAAAUUAUCUACAAUUAAUUGAAAAUUUUUAAGAGUUGGUAAAAGAGAAAUUUUAGAAAAAACCAGAAGAAACAGAAGAAUUUCAUGAAAUGGAAGAGGAAAGCUUUUAUGAGAUUAUUAAGGAACUUCAAGAGUCGUAAACCAAGGAGGAUAAUUCAGAUACUGAUGAAGAUGAUAUGGAUGACUAUGAAAAAAAGAUGGGUAGAUUUUAAAAGUUGAGUGAUAUAACAGAAUAUCCAGCAUUUUUAACUCUGAGGAAACUUAUUUUUUCAGUUGAUGCUUCACUUCUUAAUCCUUAUUUUAAAUUUACUUAAACUUAACAUUGUUCUGCUCAAUGGCACAACGAACAGAUAGGGAUUGUUACAUUAAAUCAAUCAAACUAACAUAGUUAUGAGAAACUAUAAAAGAAAAUAAAAGAUUAUGAUGAUAAGGAGUUUAUUUUUUAUAACAAUACUUAAGAAGUGACUUUCGAUUUGUUUUUAAAUUGGAUUUGGCCAAAAAUAGUUAAAAAAAUAGAACAUUAAAAUCAGAAGAUAAAGAAGCUAGAUCCUGCAUUAGUUUGGUAUGAGAUUAUGUCAAAAAUUAAAGGUCAUGCUACUUCAUAUUAAUAUCCGAAUAGAUAUAUGAAUUAUGACAACUAUUCCUAUUAUCACAAAGUAUUAUCAGAUGAGUAUACGAAACUUUUAUACAAAGCGUUUGAAAAUUAUGAAAUGAUUAAAUAGAAUUUAGGUUACUAUGAUCUAUUGGAUGUUGUAAACCAUAUUAAUUAUGAAUUACAAUAUGGAAAUGAUGUUAUAGAGAAUGUGCAUUAUCUAAUUUUGGAUGAACUUCAAGAUAUUCCAAAUGCCGUGUUUAUAUUGUUAAAUUAAAUUGCAGAUUUUGGGUUGAUUUGUUGUGGAGAUAAUGCUUAAAAUAUUUAAAAGGGUACUGGGCAAUAGUUUGUUGAAUUUCGAAAUCUCUUGAACGAUUCCAACCUAAAGAAAAAUUAUAGAAAUAACGAGAUCUGCACAUUCAAAUUGCCUCGAAAUUUUAGAUUUCAUGAUUAAAUCUUAUAGUUAACUAAUUCAAUAAUAAGGAUGAUAGAAUUAUUAUUUCCUUAUAAAAUCGAUGUAUUUGAUAAGGAUGAAAGAUCUUGUCUACAAGGUCCAAAACCAAUUGUAAUUUAGAGCGAAGACGAGCAAAUAUUACUGAGCUAUUUAAAAAAGAAUUCCAAAAUCGAAUCGAAUUAGAUUACCUUCGGAAGUAAUUAAGUGAUUAUUGUGAGAGAUUAAGAAUCAAAACCUAAAGUGCCAGAUUCACUUUAAUAAACCCUAAUACUUACAAUUUAUGAAGCAAAAGGAUUAGAAUUCGAUGAUGUCAUUUUAUUUAAUUUCUUUACUGAUAGUGAUUGCACUUCAGAUGACUGGAAUAUCUUGAAAAACCUUUAGAUAAAAGACGUUUUCGUUAAGAUUGAACAAAAUUAUAAUGUAUUUCUGCCCCAUGAAUUUAAUUAGACUAUUGAGAUGAAAAAGUUAUUUUUAAUAUAGAAUACCUAAUAAUAAAAUUUAUCAGAUAAUAUUGAUAAGUUUGUCAACUACUAAACACUUUGUUAAGAACUUAAACUAUUAUACGUGGCUCUCUCAAGAGCAAAAAGAUAAAUCAUCAUUUAUGAUAAUAACUAUACAAAGAGAAAAACAAUUCAAAAAAUAUGGGAAGAAAUGUAAGUCAUUGAAAUUAUCUACACAACAUAAUUUGAAAAUGUCUAAGAAUUUGAAAUUCUUUUUAGUUAACAAUUCGACAAUAAGAAUAAUUGGAGAAAUUAAGGAUUAAACUUUUUUAGAGUAAAUAAUUAUGAAUAAGCUAAAAAAUGUUUCAAAUUUGCUAAGGACUAUCAAUUAGAAAAAAAGGCAUAGGCAUAUCAACUAGCAACAUAAGCAACUCUAACAGAUAAUGGAGAACAUUUAUUUCAUGAGGCUGGCUUGCUUUUUGAAGAGUUGAAUAUCAAAAACAGAGCAGCUCAAUGUUAUUUUUCAGCAAAGAAGUAUAAAGAUGCCUAUAGAUUAUAUAAUUAAUUAAAUGCUAAAAUGGAAAUGGCUGAAGCUGCUUAUUUCUGUAGGCAAUACGAAGAAGCUGGACAACUGUUCCUUGAAGUUAAAGACCUUAGAAGAUCAAUCGAAUCCUACAUAUAGCAAGGCAAUUACAAUAAAGUAGUUGAAUUAAUUCUAAAACAUUAAGAUGAUUUAUCGAAAGAAGAAUACCAUAUAUAUCUAACUAAAUACUUCCCAAUUAUUUUGUAGUAAAUACUUGAUGAAAUUGAGAUCCAAAAUCAGAUGCUUGCUAAUGAGAUUGAAGAACAGUCAGAGAGUUUUUAAGUGUGUAAUUCUGAAUUAUCUUAAUGCAGUGAAAAAUUGGAGUUUAAAUUCAAUAAUUCAAAGUAAAGUAGGAUUGAAAAUUAAUCCAGCUAUUCAGAAUCAUUUUAGGUGAUUAACAGUGACUCAUUUGAUCAUUUGUCAAGUUAUGACCCUGAUGAUGAAUGGAUCUAAAAUGAUAAAUUAUAAUUGCUAUCAUCAAUUGCUUCUAUUGAUGUUCAUUAAUUAAAUGAAAAUAAAAUAUUAUUGUUAAAUUAAGUGGAUGGAACAAGUUUUAUUAAAAAUUAGAAUAAAAAGGUAACUCUUAAUGAUUCAACAUUAAUUUAAAUAAUUUAAUUAUUGGGAUAAAUUUCAGAAGACUUUAAAACUCAUAUUCAAUCAAAAUUUGGAAAUUAACUAGAUUAUUCGAACAUUAUUAAAGUAAUUGAUAUUGAUACCAUCAAAUUAAUUUUGAGUCUUUUAGAGAAGUUUUAAAAUUAUAAGCUAUGCAUUUAUAUUUGUAAUUAAUUUAAACUUUUAGAUCAAAUUGGAGAGUAUUUAGUUACUCUAGCUUCAAAAUACACACCAAUUUAUAAAAAUUCUAUGAGAGUAGAUACUCAGAUGGUAAGAAAUACAUUAAGGAGAAAGCACCUAUUAGAUUAAUCCUCAAUAGCACAUUUAGCAUUAUAAAAUAUAUUUGAAGCUAUAAAUCCUGAAAUUCUUAAAUUCAAAUAUGAAGAUUAUCUUGAUUUUAAUAACAGCUUUGGUCUUAAAUGCUAUUAAGAUUUAAUUGGACUCGGUUUUUGGAAACAAAUCAUCUUUUAAAUGAAUUAUCAACACUCUAAAGACUUAUGUCUGUCUUUCAAUAACCAUUCAGAUUUAGUUAGUAUUUUAUAACACAUGAAAAAGGAGAGGGGAGAUAAUUCGUUAAACUCAGAUUAAAAAUAUUAAUUAACAAAGAGUUAGUACUUAUUAUAAGUUGAAUAAUACUUCAUUGAUAAAAAAAUAAGCGUAAUUUAGAUUGAUUAGAUAUUUGAAAUCACUAAUUCCAUCACUAAAGGUGAUAUAAUUGAUUCUAAAAAAAUCAACCAAAUAAUAUGUAAUGCAAAACUUAAAGAGUAAAAUUUAGAUUUUGAAAACAAGUUGAUAUAAUUAGAAUCUGUUAUUUUAAGUUACCUAUUAUGCUGUGGUAUGAUAUCACCAGAAGGUGCAACUUUGGAAUAAAAGAUUCAUUUAAUUAAUAUCUUAUACUUUUGUAUAAAUCAAAUCAAAAGCAUUUGCUGGAAUUAAAAUUUAGUAGAUGCGAUUCAGUUUUUAUUUAAGUUUUCCUUUCCAAAAGGAGAAAUUAUGAAUAAUUACUCAUAAUAUGCUUUAUUGAGUGUUUAAUCUAAGCUAUUAAAAAAUAUAAAAAAUGAGUAAAUAUUUUUUGUAGAUUCAAGUUUUGAAUAUCUUAUGGUACCUUUUGAGUAAUUAUUAAUAUAUAUAACAAACUAUUUUGGAAGAACUAACAUACAAGAACUUAAAAGUUUUGAAUAUUAGUAAGAUCUUCAAUAACAUUGUUAAAGUCCUUUGACAUUCAUAAUUAAAUAAAUAAAACAUUAAUAAUUAUAAAGUGUGCUAUAGCCAUGUAUUUAACAUAAUAUGAAUCUAUAAAAUAGUCUUAAAAAAUAAAAAGAUUCUACAAUAAAUAAUUCAAUUGAGUAGGAUGAGUAGGAUGAGUAUUCUAUUCUUUCAGUAAUUAAUGAAAGUGGCCAAAGUUAGUUUUAUGAUUAUCUGUUAAAAACCAACUAAAAUUCAGCUAAUUUACCAUUAUCAAUUUCAAAAUCUGUGAUCCACUAAUGUAUAAUGUUGUUUUAGUAAGCUUUUAAAAGUUUCGGUUAGGAAUAACAUGCUUAUUUAAUUUUAGCAAUUAAUCUUUGCAAUUUUUCAAAUAAUCUCCCAUUAGCUAUUUAUUCAAUAUAAUCGAUUGAAGAUAAGCAUUAAAUAAAGAAAUAUUUAAAAUAUAUCGAAUUUUUAGAAUGCUAAAAUUACAACAUAACUGAAGACUUAGUUGCAUGUUUUUUGGAUUAUUGCUAUUUUUGUGAGUAAAAUUUGUAUCUAGAUGAAUUGAGUAAUCACUUAAUACGAAUUGGACUCAAAUUAAUACUGGCAUAAGAUGUUUUAACUACAAUUGUUAUUCCUGAUUAUUACUUAGAACUUUUAGACUAAGAUGUAGAAAUCGAAUAUACAGUAAAACAAAAUACUUAAUUCCCUUUUAAAAAUAAAGAAGUCAUGAUAGAGUAUUUUCAUUGCUUAUAGAAUUAUAUCUAAUCCUGUAAUUCACCUUCUUACGAAUCGAUUGGGUAUUUAUUAUUAAUAGUUUUAUCCUUAAAUUUAUUCACUAUUCCCAAAGAAUUGUAAACUAUAAUUCAAAAUAUUUUGUCUCCUUAAAAUGUAAAGGCUUAAUUGAAAUAAAUUGUAUCCAGUUUAAAUUUAAAUUUAGAAUCAAGAAGAGCUAAAAUUCUUUCGGAGUAAGAUUUGCUAGUUGUAACUGAUUAUUUGGAUGAGAAAUUUAUCUCAUUGUAGGUGAUCUAAAGCAAAGUGAACGAUAACCAAAAUAUAGCAAUCUAUCAAGAAUGCUUAGAUAAAUGGGAUUUACAUCUCUAAUAAGCUGAGAAAUUAAGAAUCAAUGGAAAAUAGAUUUUAUAACAUUAUCUUAAGCAUAAGCAAAAUAUUAAAAAGAAUUCUUAGGUAGAGCUAAUGUCUAAUCCAGCAAUUGCACGGUUCAUUUAAUACUAUUAAUUACCUUCUUCUGUCUUAAAAUGUGUCAAUUAUGAUUAAAAUUGGAAGAGUCAAUUGAUAUAUUCAUAUAAGCUAUAGGAGUACUUAUUUUUAUAUAUUAUUUAGUGAACUGUUGAGAGCUAGAGUUCAGUCUCGAACCAUGAAAGAUUUACAAUAAAUAAGGAUUUAUUUAGAAUCCAUAAUCAAUUUACAAUAGGAAUUGAAUAAGAGUCAUUAUAUUUAAGAUUAAUUAAUUAGUGUUGAAAGAGAAUUUAGAGAAUAUCAAGAAUGCAAAGGGAAAGAGUAGAUGUUAUAGUAAUCGAUGUUGGAAAGAAAUAGGGAGAUGUUGAAGAUCAAAUGGUAAAAUUUAUAGGCUGGAAUCAAAGUUUAGAACAAAUUAAGCAAUACUUAGAAAAAGCAAUGCAUAAGAAUUUAAGAAUAGGAUGAGGAAGAACAGAUGAAUAUAAUUUGAAAAUAAA